AUGGAUGACAAUGAGAGCGGCAACAUGAGCGUGCUCAAUUGGGAGCAAGUGCAGCGGCUGGAUGCUAUUCUGACGGGCUCCAUCCCCAUCCACGGACGCUGGAGCUUCCCCACGCUGGAGGUUAAGCCGCGGGACAUCGUCAAGGCGGUCCGCAGCCGCAUGGAGCGCUCGCAGAUACGCGUUCGGGAGGUGCGCCUCAAUGGAUCGGCGGCCAGCUACGUGUUGCACGAGGACAGCGGGCUAGGUUGGAACGAUAUAGACCUCAUCUUUUGCGCAGAACUCAAGGGUGAGAAGGAGUUCCAGAUUGUGAAGGAUUUGGUGCUGGACUGUCUUCUGGAUUUAUUGCCAGAAGAAGUGAAUAAGGACAAGAUCACACCACUGACCUUAAAGGAAGCGUACGUGCAAAAGAUGGUGAAGGUGUGCAACGACUCGGAUCGCUGGAGCCUCAUCUCGCUGUACAACAACCGCGGCAAGAAUGUGGAGCUCAAGUUUGUGGACUCUCUGCGGCGGCAGUUUGAGUUCAGCGUGGACUCUUUCCAGAUCCGCUUGGAUUCGCUGCUGCUCUUUUACGAGUGCUCGGAGCACCCGAUGGCAGCCACGUUCCACCCCACUAUCCUCGGCGAGAGCGUCUACGGUGACUUCCCCGUUGCCUUGGACCACCUGCGCAAGCGCCUGAUCUGCACCAGGAGCCCCGAGGAGAUCCGGGGAGGCGGGCUGCUCAAGUACUGCCACCUGUUGGUGCGGGGUUUCCGCGCAGUUUCUGACUCGGAGAUGAAACUCUUGCAGCGCUACAUGUGCUCGCGCUUCUUCAUCGACUUUCCCGACGUGGGCGAUCAAAAGCGUAAGCUAGAGUCCUUCCUGCAGAACCAUUUCGUAGACUUAGAGGACAGGAAGUACGACUACCUGGCCGUGCUGUACAAAGUGGUGCAGGAGAGCACAGUGUGCCUGAUGGGCUACGAGCUGAGCCGGACACUAGGCCUCAUCUCCUCACUGGCGUGGCGAGCGUUGGCUGAACGCAAUGCGAUCCCCAACGCCGCCAACGUCACUUGCUUUUACCAACCUGCGCCAUACGUGUCCAACUGCAACUUCAGCAACUACUACGUGGCCCGUGUCCAGCCCCUCUUCACCUGUCCGCCCUCGCCACCCCAACACUACAUUCCUCCCACACAGCAUCCCAUGCACACCACUUGGCUGCCCUGUAACUAG